GAGGACGUCUAGUGGUCACAUAUUUGAAUUACAAUCAAUAUAAUAACAUAUGGUUGCGUGUUGUCGAUUUUUGUGAAAGAAUGUAGUGAAGUGUAGUGAGAUUAAUAGAUAAAAAGUGAUCUUUAUGUAAGUUAAUGUGAAAACAUUUUUCUGUUGUGUAUCAAGUGGCAUUGCUUUGAGCGCUCUCGGCCGUCGUGCGGAACUGACCUUCUUCAGUCAACGUUUCCAUCCGACUGUCAAGCUCGUCGGACUUGUGUGUCUGUUUACACCCCAACGUGCACCGAAGUGGCUGAGCUACAAUUAUUGAGUAAAGCUGUAAUGUGUGUUAUUUAGCACACAUUGACAACGAAAAUGGGUAAAAAACGUACCAAUGAAGACGCGGUGGGAUCCGAAGUGACGGCCAAGAAAGAAAUGUUGUCAGAGUUUAAUGGGACUGUUUUUAAAGCCAUGCUAAAGGAUCCCACCACAGCCAUUAAGGGACUUGAAAGAUUCAUAAGCAACGCCAAGAGGUUGCCAUCAUCUGAGCUGUACGAUGUGGUGGAAGGCUAUAUUAAGAUUUCCAUGGAGUGUGCGGAGAUAUUCGGAUUACUGGAAGGAGACAAACAAAUAGACAGUGAGAUGUUGCUGAUCUUGGAGAGUUUUGAAGUGAUUCUCCUGAGGACAGCCAGCGAUUUGUCCCACUUCAACAGGGUUGGCAACACAAUCGUGAAGAAAACGAUUUCCAGCCACAUGAAGCGGAUUCAAGGAUGUUUUCUGUCACGGAAUCACAGAUUGAUUCGUCAGUGCCUCAGCUUCCUGUCCGCGUCAGUAUCUCAGGGGCCCGAAGCUGCCAGGGAGGUGCUGAGUCACAUUCACAUUAAUAAAGCGUUCUCCGGGCUGGCAAAGUGGAAAGAUAACAAGGGAAAACUGGAUGUCCGCAUGGCCUUCAUCCAGUUUGUGCUGUCCUUUUUGGUGUCUGGAGACAAUGCAACCAUUGGACAGAUAUUAGAGGUCAAAGAGCUUCUGCCAGCGAUCCUGAGCACGGGGCUGAAGGAGGACAGGAUGUCGGUGGUCAGUCUGAUUUUGUCCACGCUGAAGAGCAGAGUGGUCUUAAACAAGGCCAUUAGCAAAACGCAAAAAGUGCGUUUUUUCACACCUACCACGCUCGCCAGCAUCGCUUCUCUCUACAAAUGGAACGGGAUCGCCGACGCUGAUGUGGCUGAUAAGAGAGUUGAGGAGGACCGUGAGCAUGCUGGGACAUCGGUGGUGAGGGAGCUGGCUCACAGCUUCCUUCUGGACCUGUGCUGCUCCCGGAAGCACGGCAUCAGCUUUCACGAUGCCAGCUUUGGCACGGCCGGCAGAGCCGGAAACAUCAUCCUGCUGCAGUUCCUGGUGGGCCUGAGGCAGGCGGCCGACGACGAGCUGGUGGCUGAGCUGGUGGUCAACACCCUCAAGGCGAGUCCUGACAUUGUGACGAGAUAUUUCAAGGAGAUGCAGCACUCGUACACCCCCCGCCUCAAGAACGCUUGGCAGGACAAUGUCCGGCUUCUCAAAAAGAUCUACGAGGCCCAGCCAGAGAUCAGCGCCGUGUUUCAAACCCGCGAGCUCCUUCCACUUCCUCGCCUUCUGUCCAUGAUCAUGGUCAUAUCGCUUCCUCCGGUCUGCACCAAGGCCUUCUUCACACAGGGCCUCAGUUUGGCCAACACCGCGGCGCAGCUCACCGCCUUCUCCACCGUCGGCUUCAUCCUGAAAAAGGCCGCCAAGAACGUAGCCUUCCUCCUAGGGAACCACUCGGAUGUGUACACACCCGACGCCAUGGCCGACCUGCUUCAGCAGUACAGAGAGACGCUAAGCAAGUUUUUACCCGACAUGACCAGCAUCGUCGCCAAGUGGCAGGCGCUCACCAAGAAGGACAAAGCAAGUCAAGACAGCCAAGUUUCUGCACCAGAGGAGCCUGAGGUGAUCCUGCUCAAAGCCCUGAUCCUCCAGGUGAUUUGUCUUUACCAGAAAGUGGUGCCACACCUGGUCAACCAGUGCAGGUUUGACUUCAGCAAGUUCCUGAAAGGGGUCGUGUCGGAGGGAGGAGUGGAUGAAGAAGUGGCCCCCGUCCUGCAGCAUCAGAUACUGCAGCUGGCCUUAGACCUUCCCGCCAGCAAGUUCUCCUGGUUCCGCUUUCAGGUUAAGAACCUUUUUUUAAUACGUAUAACACUGGAUCUGGACCUCUCUCACUUUGUUUCUCUGCCACAGGAAGCCACAGACGAAGAAAAGUCGGUGCUUUAUCUGCUCCUCAAGAUGUUUGUCAGCAGCCGCUGCAGCCAACUCAAGACGUCCACGCGGAUGCUAGUUCUCAAAGUGUUAAAGGACAGCGGCGUGUUUGAGUACACUUGGACCGAGCUUGUAGUCUGGCUUGACGAGCUGGACCGGGUAGAGCCCAGCCAGCAAGAGACGGUCAUUCAGUUCUUGGAGCGAGUGUUUGUCAAGCUGGUGAGCCAUUCCCACAUGUACACUGAUAAAGUCGCCAGCCUGGUGCAGGAGGCGGCCAACAUACAGUCCAACCUGAGCGGGCUGGAGGGAGACGCCGUCAGCGUCCCUGUGUCCCACAUCGACGAUGUCCUGGACAUGCUGGAUGUCAUCAUGGAGGGCAACGACUGCGACAUGGAGGAGUUCGGGCCCCAUCUGAGCCAAGACUUCAUUGUUCAAACCUUCCCCUUCAGCGUUGCCGUCCUUGCCGCUUUGGAGGCCCGAAACCAACUUCCUGCAGACAAAGGGGCGGUGUUUCAGUACUUGUCGGCAGUGCUGUGUCACGUCCUUCACGGCCAGAGGGAGCCGCUCCCGCUCUGUUUGUGUCUGCUGCAGUACGACAAAGACCUGGCCUCCUCCGAGCCGCCCCUUUCUCCUCACGGCUCCGUGGUGCUCCUUCACCGCUACUACUCCAAGUGGCUCCCGCAGCAGUGCCGAGAGGAGCUGUUCAAGUCGUCUGAUUGUCAGCCAGAGGGGACGUCGCCUUCCUUCACCGCCAUAAUGAAAGCUGCCUACCUUGGCGGCUUGAGCAGCUUGCUGGAGGACACCUUCAGGAAGGAUGUGGAAGGAGCGGCAGCUUCCAUGUCACUUGCUGACUUCCCGCUGGCGAUUAAACAGAUUUUACUCUACAUCAAAUCAGCAGUGGAAGACUUUGGCACGUUUCCCAAAAACACUGGAUCUGCUAUUUUGAAGACCUUAAUGGGAAUACUGCAAGAUGUCUUAUCCAAGCUGCAAGGCUGGCAGGAGUCCUCGGACUCUGAGCCGGCAGAACAGAACCACAAAGAGGAAUCGGACCUUUUCCUGGAACUCAACCAGCCCACCACUGGCGAACCCAACAGAGAGCAGAUACUUCUCUCGGCAUUGGACUCCAUCUUCAGACAUCCAUGUAUGGAGCAGUGGUAUCUAGCUUUGGAACAGUCCACCCUGCCUCCACACUUGCUAAACCCGGUCCGACUAAAGCAGAUGUGCACUCAGCUGAGCGACGACAUCACCGCUCUGCUCAAGAUGGGCGCCCCCACCCUGUGCCAGCUGGGCCACCUGGAGCUUCUGGUCGCCUACACAGGCGCUGUGGAGAGAGCCGUGUACAAGGAGCUUAAGGAGAUGGGUCCCCAGACUCCCGUGAGACAUUCCAGACCUUUCCAGGCUCUCCUGUCGCUGCAUACCUUCAUGGAGCCUUCCAAAGUCAGAGAUGUGACAUCUGAGUUGCUGCUGCUGCCGCAGGACAGGCUAGUCAUCACAGACACACAAACCCGACUCAGCAUUUACGGUCAAGCUGCACUGCAGAUUCUCACCGAGUCCUCAGCAAGGCGAGACCAGGACCCCGGCAUCUGCUUGUCGCAAGCUCACCUCCAUGGUCUGGGCACGCUGCUGCUGUCCUGCUCCAGUCCGGCCCUGGAGGAUUUCUUGCUCCAGACGCUGUCCAGCGAGCCUGGAAGUGCGCGGCUCAUCCACACCGACGUGCUGCAGUACUGCCUCCGACGUCCUCUCCCUCACAUCCUGGCCAUCGCGUGUCUGCUGCUGAAGCACUGCUCCACACAGCUCCUCUUCUUCGAGAUGUGGUGUCUGCAGCCCGACAACGCCAGGAAGCUGGCUGACACGGCGGAAGACUUCCUCCCUCUCAUCCGGACUUACCUGCAGGUGGCUGGGAGAGAGGAUGCAACCAGGCCUCAAGACGUGCAAAAAGAAGUUUUACACACACUAAAGCAGCGUCUGCUGGCCAAGUUGAUGCAGUCUGCACUUGGAGAUGCGGCGGUAGAUGCUGGGUUGAUCGAAGCGCUGGCGGGUCUGAUCAAGCUCUCUGCAGACAUGGCAGACAUCAGGGACUUGAUCAGCAAGCUGCCAUGCGCCCUGCAGAAAGCAGACAGCUUUGAAAGGUGGACGCUCGUGGACGUGAUCACAGAGAAGCUGGCUGACUCUCCAGACGACGAAGAAGAAGGAGAAACCUGGAGGAAGAGCAUCGCCGCGGCUGCCCUCAAGUGUCUGAUUGCUUCUUACAGUCGCAGCAAAGAUCAGACGCCAGCAGUCGCAUCAAACCAGGAACACGACAUCUUGGAAAGGCUGCAGAAGCUCAUCACAUCCCCUGACAACGCCGCAGCCAACUGGAACUCUUUUGUCAGGACUGGACUGAAGUAUCGCUACACUGAUGGGCAUUUCCUGAACACCCUGAGGAGCCUUCUGGAGGUGAUGUACCCCCCCGGCGGUAUCAACGGCGACCUUCUACCUUUAUCCGCGCUCCACAUGAUGGCCAGCAGCCACUCCUUGUUCCUGCCCACCAUGCUGGACUCCCAUGCAGACGACCCCAGCAGGAGUCAGGCUCAAGAGGCUCUGGUGUCCCUCCUUCUCUGUGUGGUGAAGAAAUGUCCUACCGUCUGCAACAUGAAUCACUUCCUGGUACUUAUGGGAUCAUAUGGCGCUACACUCAGCACUACAGACCAAACCAUAUUCCUGCUCCUUCAGGAAUAUGAAAAAAACAAUCUCAGUCUCCUCAAAUUCCAGUCUGUCUUGUGGGGUCCGGCAGCUGUGGAGCACCACAAAACCAGGAAGAGCCUGGGGUCUUCUCUGUGGAAGCAGACCCACUCGGACGACAUCUUGGCCUUGUUGAAUACCGACAAGAUGCUCCAGACCAUUGCUCGCUUUCCCCAGCGGCGCAGCAUCAUUCCACAGAAGGAUCAAGAGAUGCUGUUCCAGCAAACAGACAGCGAUCUGUACGACCCGUGUUUUCUUCUCCCUCUCUUCAGCGUCAUUCUCGGACCGGAAUCGGUGGUGGACUGCCUCAAGUUCGUCUCCGUCCAUGCCCUGGGGGUAACCGUCAUGGCUCUGAGCAGCUACGACGCCAAGGUGCGGGCGGCGGCCUACCAUGUGCUGACCUACUUCUACCAGCACCUGGAGGGCGCCCGCUUCCGAGAGAAGAAGCAGCUGUUGUAUCUGCUGGACAUGGUGAAGAACGGGAUUGCAAAGCAGAACGAAAGGCUUCCCUUUGUCUUGACUACGUACAUCAGCAAAGCGGCUCAGCAGAUGCUCAAGCCCGAGGACCACAUGUACGUGGUCCUGAACCGCUUCCUGCUGUCCCACCAGAGUUUGGACUUGGGGAAGGUGCCCGACUUCUUCAAGCUCUUCUACGGCUUCGACCUGGAGCACAAAAAGGAACGAGAGUGGAUCCUGAACGUGCUGGAGGAAGGGAUAAGUGACGGACACUGUUUCCAAUUGUGCAACCAGCAAGGCAUCUUCUUGAGCCUGCUCGGAUUUAGCAGCAGCCCCCUGUGUGACGACCACACUCAGGCGCAGAUCAUCAGGGUGCUGUGUCAGGCCGCAGGCGUCAACAAAGUGGCACACAACCUCUGCAAGAACCAUGGCCUCCUGACCUGGAUGAUACAGAUGCUUGAAAAAAGGAACCUGGAGCAGCAUUUGCUGGGUUCCGUGGUGCACAUGCUGCACACGCUGUGGUCCACCAGCCUCGGACAGAAAGAGAAGGCGGCGGAGCAAAGAGAAGGUUCCACGCUGGCGGACGAGAAAGUCAAGUGUCUGCCGCUCCCACUCAUCAAUGAAUUUCUAUCCACGGCAUUAAGUGUCGGCAGACGCUUGAGGUCGGGUGUGACGGUAGCUCAGCUCAGCUUGUUCCUGCAGACGCUCUCCUCCAUACUGAAGCAUCAGGUCACCGCUCUGUGUGCAUCAAACACAGCCGAGCGACCGAUGCUCCUGGCGCAGCCUCUCUCCACCGCCGACGCGCUCGGUCUGCUGCUGUGCUGGACCACCCUGACCGGCCACAUGGCCCUCCAGAGCCAGAUCCAGGCAUUGCGUGACAAGCACAAUGUGAAGGAACUCCUCACAUCUGGGAAGGACAAGACCCGGGGUAAAAGCUCCCCUGUCUGGACCAAAAAAGAAAAGCCGACAGAGGACGCUGAGACGGAAGCACGAGAGGAGAGUCUCCAGAGCGAAUGUCGCUUGUUUCUCAGCAGCAUUCUUCUACACUGGCGCCCUGUGUUGGGCCCCAGUGAACCUCGGCCAGAGCGCACAGGGCAUCCCGGUCUGCUGGCUGUGGAAACGGCCCACCUGCUCACCAAAUGGACCCUCAGGCGCCUGGCGGAGGAUGUUUACGACCCAGAACGCACCAAAAUCUUCUUGCACUGGCUGGAAGAGAGCGUGAUGACGCACGGGGAGAUUGUGGAUGCCUUGCUGCCAGAUGCCGGCCUCAAAGCGGACCUCCUUCGCCUCUACCAUCAAGUCUGCCAGACGCCCGUCCCGGGGGGGAGGGAAACCUUCCGCCUGUUCACGGACAUCAUGAUACGCCUGCUGGAGAGGCGAGGACAGCUUCCAGAGGCGCAUCGAGCGGUCGUCUCUGCUUGCCGGCCGCAAGAUGCCAGAGAUGAGUGGAAAUGUGAAGCAGGCCUGUCUCUCCUCUCUUUGUACGUCCACGAGGUGUGGAGCGGGGCCAGCUUGGCGCAAGGCUUCCUGUUUCAUGUCUCUAUGGUGACCGGGGACAAGCGUAAGCGGCGAAAUAGCCGCAAAUGGUCUCAGAGUGAAACGGCCGUUAGAGCCGUCUGUGAGGACUUGAUGAAUGUCAGCUGAAUCUUUCUACUGUGUCUCUUUUUUUGGAAUGAAAUGGGAGAUUUUCAGACCAAAACAACUUUGAACAAGCCGUUUAUGUGGUAUUGUCAUCACGGAAACACAUCCACCUUUUUUAUUCAUGCAAGCUUAGAUUAAAUUGGAUUGGACCUGCGCCUCCUUUGACUUCUGCGUCUGGGACUCCUGGAAUUAAACGAGGCUCUUGCAUUUGUA